AUGGGCGGUGGCGUGCCCAUGCCCACGCCGGCCGGCCACCAGGCCGAACUGAAUUACAUAUACGGCAUGGUGGAGGAGCUCAGCAGACAGCUCGCCGAGAACAGAAGAGUCACAGAAGACAUUGUCAGCGGUCUCGGCCGUGUGCGUAAUCGCGCGCGGAUACAGGGGCUGGACAAUGACCAGAUCAUUGACGCCGCAGCCGAGGAAAUCAACCGUCAAGACCAAAACAUCGACGCCCUCCUCUCCGUCCUCUCCGAAUCACUGGAAAAAGCCAAGCACUCGCGCGACGCCAACGCGACGCUGCUGACCCAAUUUGCCAAUGCGCUGGCCGGCAUGCUCAAGCAGUUUCACGAGUACAAGGCGCGACACGUCGCCGACGUGGCGUCGUGGCACCGCUCCUACCGCGCGCAGCUCGACGAGGCGCGCCGCGAAAACAGCCGGCUGCGGGACCAAAUGGGCGAGAUGCAGGCGCACGCGGCCACGGCGAAUGACGCGCUGCGGCGCUUCCGCCGCGCGUACGACGCCGAGGACCGGCGCACCCUCUGGGACGGCCGCGUGCGCGAGACGGCGCUCCGCCAGGAAGUCCGCUUCUGGAAGCGCCUCGCCAUGCCCGCGCUCGAGGACGACGACCCCUACUGGAGCGCCGACGACGACAUUGUCGACGCGGCGGAAAAGGAGCGCCUCGUGCAGCUGGAGCGGCGCGCGGUGCAGGAGCAGCAGCACAUGGCGCGCCACGGGGACGAGGAGGACGAGGACGGGCUGCCUCCGCCCAUGAUGAUGAUGCAUGCGCCGACCCCCCCGCAGUUUCACUCUGGUGGCGGUCCCAUGGGCGGCAUUGCGAUGCAGAGAGGCGGCGACGAUGCCCUGCCGCUGCCCCCGCCCAGGCCGCUCAGUGCUGCUUCGAGUACCGGCUCGACAGGCUCGUAG